AUGAACAGCAUCCUGAGCACGGAGAAGCUGUGUGAAGUGUUGGAAGGAUCCAUCAGUGCGUCUAAGGAGAAAAGGACACAAUGCGAGGAGUACCUGAAGCAGGUGUGCAAAGUGGAGGGGUACAUACAAGUAAUUCUGAACAUCGUGAAGAGUGCCAACCUAGUGGACGACAACAUAAGAAUUUCAGCCCUGAUUUUUUUAAAAAACACGAUAAAAAAUAACUAUGAGGGGUUGAAGAAGGAAGAGAUCUGUGGCCUGACCAAGGACAUAUAUGAAAGUUUCCUCUACCUGGAAAAGAAGGACAAGCAAAUUUACAUGCAGUUGUUCGAAAUAAUGAAGGUGCUAAUACACAAUAGUUUUCCAGAACAUUUUGUCAUUUUGGAUAACAUCCUUAAUGACGUAAAUCAGCGAAAGGAUGUGAGGAGACUGUACGUGAGUCUCUACUGCCUGAAGUUAAUUUUUAAAAAAUUAAAAAUAAAAAAGAAGAAAAACAGCGAAUUGUACACAGAAAUGCUGAACAAGUAUUUUUACCCACUCAUUAAUUGCCUCUACGAUUUAAGCUCCCUCGAUAUCAACAACAGUGAAGUGUCAGAAAUUUUAUGCAUUAUUUGCAAAAUAUAUCAGUACGUAAAUGACAACUUUUUCAUUAACGAGGUGAUCAUCCUGGAGUAUAUGGACAACUAUUUUAGCCUCUUCGAUUUUAUCCUCAAAAAUGAAAUUGUCAUCUCCAACUAUGUGCAGGAUGAGAGUUACCUGAAAUGUUUGCCACAGUACAAGUGCAAGAGGAUCGUUUUAGACAUUGUGACGCGUCUCUUUUCUCGAUAUGUGAACACAAAUUACAACAAAUGCAAUAACGAAAUUACGGAAAAAUUCUGUCACGCAUUUCUGAACAAAUGGCUAUGCCCCUUUUUUGAAGAUUUCAUCAUCAUGCUGCAAAGUUAUCAAAAAAAUAAAAAAACGCUAACUGAUGAGUGUUUAGUAUACAUCCUACAAGGACUAUCUUACGGAGUUGAAAAUGCCCUUAUUUACAAAAAUUACAUAAAAAGUAACUUUGAAUUUUUAGUGAGGGAUGUUAUUUUCCCCCUUCUCUGCUACAACGACGACGAUGUGGAAAAAUUCCUUUGCGAUGAGUACGACUUCACCAUGAACAUAUUCAACACCUACAUUUUGGAGGAUAAAAAAGUAAACGCUACGUCUUUCAUUAAAGAUUUGACGCGCUACCGGGGGUCCAAACAUAUAUCAGAGUUAUUUCACCUGUGUGAAAAUGUCAUCAGUACGUACAACCAGAACUACCACAUGGUGUAUAGCAAAUUUGCCACCCAGGGGAAUCAGAACGAAGCCAUGGUGGAGGAAUUGCUUCGAAACGAGUUCUGCAAAUACAAGUAUGGUGCGUUGAAAAUAUUGGAGUGUUUGUACAGCCGACUCUGCGAUAAGAAGAGAAAUAUGAAUAUUGAGCAGUUCCUAAAAACGUAUGUAGAGAAUGACUUAAACAACCCUAACCAGUUGGUUUGCUACCAGUCCAUUGUCACCUACUGUUGUUUUAUUAAAAAGGUGCAACACUUUAACGAUGUGAAUGGCCUCGUCCGCAAUUAUGAGGUUGUUCUAAACCAUAUAGGUAGCCCCAGCCUCCUCCUCAGGGUAGCCAGUGCGUCCUACAUAAAAAAAUUCUUUAAAAUAAAAAAUGAAUACCUCAAAAAUGUCAUCAUAAAAUCUAUUCCAAUACUCAUUGAGCGGCUACUCAACGUGAUUAAGGAGGUCAAGUGUGAGUACAUCGUUAUGACGUUGGAUAACUUGGCAUACACGUAUAAAGAUUACAUAACGCCCUACGUGAACGACGUGGUUGUCACACUUUGCACGAGCUUUGUUUUUCUUAUUAACAAGAAGGAUGAGGAGGAAAAUGCACAUAACUCACUCGAAAAUAGCCUUAGGAAUAACACGAACUUGGCCAGUCACACAGAAGGGAAUACGCUGAAAAACGAUAGAUACUCCCUCACGAAUGACGAUGAGUACACCAUCGCAAAGAAGGAAAAAAAAACAGAGAAUGAAGAAAUAGAUUUGAAUUCCAUCAUUCUGUCGAUCCUGACGGCCAUUCUAAGUCUACUCGAUUCGGUAGAUGAAGGGAAUAAAGAGCAGAUUUACAAAAACACGAUGUCGUACUUAUACGUUGUGGUGGACGAAACGUUUAAGUCACCUUCUAUCGAUUAUCUAGAGGAAGCGCUCUCCCUGCUCACGAAUAUUACUUACUACCUAGACAUAGACAACGAUGUGUACCUCCGCUUUGAAAAGUUGUAUGACAUUUUCUACUUCAACACGGACGAAAAUUUAAAAAUGCAGGAAUUGAAUUGUAUUCGAAAUAAUCCACAACUUAUUUUAAGCACCGAUUUGAUACUCUCCGAUAAGAAUACCACGGAUGUGUACUUCUACGACUUCAUCUUCGACCUCUCCUUCAGCAUAGGCGUUUUCGACAACAUCAUUUCAAAGGCGACUGAGCAGUUUGUGAACCUGUACAGUGAGAGGUACGGAAUGAAGUACAUCCAUAUGGUGUAUCGGUUAGGCAUAUUCGCUCUGCACUCCAAAAUAGUGAAGGAUAGUUGUAAAUUAUUUUUCAUCCUAUUCGAAGCGACGGUGAAAAUUAGAGGAGUGGACGAACUGGUCAUCCCCGUCCUCACUGCGUACUCCAUGAAGCUGUUUAAGCACGAUGAAGCAUCCGCCCUUAUGGAUCAGAAAAAGAAAAAAAAGGAAAUUAUCAUAGAUGACACCAAUCAAAAUCUCAAUAUGAAUGAUGAUGAAGACGAUGGAGCAGAUAGCAUAUGCAGUGAGUAUGAUGAAGACAUCCUUAGCAAAACUAGCAUUGAGUACAUUAAGAAACUUUUCUACUCUAUCAUCAUAUAUGACGUGAAUCAGUUCUUCCACUUUUUUAACAACAUGAGUAGGACUAACUAUAUUCUUUCCUUACUGUCUAGCCUUGGAGACGUCCAAAUGAACAAUACGAGGAAGCUGUACAUUCUUGCCAUGAGCACCAUCCUGGAUAAUAUGCACAACUCCCAUAUAAGUAUGCACAUUGGGGAGGCAAAUUCUUUUAUCCUAAAUAUUGUUAAUGUGGCUAAAGUAUACUACGAAAAUAAGAAUGAGCAGAAGGAUUCAUCAGAAAAGUCCUUCGAUUCAGAGACCUCCUCCGGGGAUGAAAAUAGCGAAGUGGAUAUUGAUGAGAAUGAAGACGCCACUAAUGAUAAAACUUUCAAACUAAUUAAAACAAUUGAAGCGUUGGAAAAAAAAAAUGAAUUAAAAAUUAAGUUAAAGGAAAAUGUAAACCUCAACAAAUUGGAUGACCUGGCGAACCAGCAACACAUAAACAACUCUGCUUCUGGGCAAAACGGAAGCGGUAACAACUUUAGCAACAAAGAUAUGUUGAAGCAGUUCAAUACUAAUGAGCAACUCUUACAACAGAACAACCCACGCAGGCAUCAAGACGAGGACGACGAUGACGAAAGCGAUGAUGACGAUUCGGAUGAUGAUGACUGCUCAGACUACAGCAACGAUGAAUACAGAAAGGGAUUCUUCGACGAUAUCAAUGCUUUCAAAAUUUUGUAUGACACAACGUCUAGCUUUUACGGAAAGUACGAAAGUGUUUACAAUGGGGAGAUUCUCGAGAAGAUUAAAUACCUCGUGGACGCUGAUCUUAACGCGCAGAUGCAGCAAUCCACCAACUGA